UCCUGGCGGCAGGACCGGGCUGUGGCCCCGGGAGAGCCGGGUGGGGCGUCGGGAUGCAGCCGCCGGUGUCCGGGCCCCCGGGCCUGCUGGACGCCGCAGAAGGGCUUUCGAGGAGGAAGAAGACGUCGCUGUGGUUUGUGGGGUCUCUGCUGCUGGUGUCUGUCCUCAUAGUGACCGUCGGGCUGGCUGCCACCACCAGGACAGAGAACGUGGCCGUGGGGGGCUACUACCCAGGGGUCAUCCUCGGCUUCGGAUCUUUCUUAGGAAUUAUUGGCAUCAACUUGGUGGAGAAUAGAAGGCAAAUGCUGGUGGCAGCGAUUGUGUUCAUCAGUUUUGGUGUGGUGGCCGCCUUCUGCUGCGCCAUCGUGGACGGCGUAUUUGCAGCGCAGCACAUUGAACCGAGGCCCCUCACCACGGGAAGGUGCCAGUUUUACUCCAGCGGGGUGGGGUACUUGUACGACGUCUACCAGACAGAGGUCACCUGUCACUCCCUGGACGGCCAGUGCCAGCUGAAGGUGAGGAGCAACACCUGCUACUGCUGUGACCUCUACGCCUGCGGGAGCGCAGAGUCCUCGCCCGCCUACUAUGAGUUCAUCGGCGUCCGCGGCUGCCAGGACGUGCUGCACCUGUACCGCCUGCUCUGGGCCUCUGCGGUUCUGAACAUCCUGGGCCUGUUCCUGGGCAUCAUCACCGCUGCCGUCCUGGGGGCCUUCAAGGACAUGGUGCCUCUGUCCCAGCUGGCUUACGGCCCAGCCGUCCCACCGCAGACCCUCUAUAACCCUGCCCAGCAGAUCCUGGCCUGUGCAGGCUUCCGCCCGACGCCCGAGCCCGUCCCGACCUGCUCGUCCUACCCUCUGCCCCUUCAGCCCUGCAGCCGCUUCCCAGUCGCGCCCGCCUCUGCCCUGGCUUUGUCUGAGGACCUGCAGUCCCCCUCUCCAAGCAGCUCUGGCUCUGGGCUUCCUGGCCAGGCCCCACCGUGCUACGUACCCACCUACUUUCCCCCAGGGGAGAAGCCACCCCCGUAUGCACCCUGAGAGGUGUGGAGUAAAAGA